AUGAUGUAUGCAUUAAGUAUUUUAAUGCUUUUACCUGUUAUUAUUCAACAUCAUCGUCAUAAAAAAGCUCAAUUAUUACAACGACGCAAAGAAUUAAGACGUCUCUCAAUGACAAUAGUGCAAGAUAAUCGAAAUCCGCAACAAAAUUUAGCUAAAAGUGUGUUAUCAAAAAUUGUAGAAAAUGACAAUAUUAAUAAUGAAAAUAUUCCAAUAGAUGUUGAACUUAUGUCAUUACGAUCAACAAAAACAAUACUUGAUGAUAUAGAUGAUAAUGUUAAUUCGACAUCUAAAUUACAAAUUCUUCAACCACUUAUAUAUAACUAUGAUGAUGAUGAUGAUGAUAAUGAUAUCAAUAAACAAUCUGGUGUUAAUGCUCAUGAUUGUAUUGCACAUCUUUUAGAUAAUACACCAUGGAAUACGUCACAUAUUGACGAACCACUCAUUACUAGUUCAUCUCGGCAUUCAGUUGUCCGUGAUUGUACUACAGUAAUAAAAGAACAACAUGUUCCAACUAUAAUUCCAUUUCAUAAUGAUGAUGAUGAUAAUAAUAAUCAAAAAUUUACCAUAGGAUCUAAUACAGAUUCUACAAUAAAUUUACAAAUGAUAAACCGAGUUUUUCUCGAAUCAGAUGUAUAA